GGGCGGGGUUCCCCGGGCCGGUCUCCCUUCGCGGAAGGAGUGUUGUGCUUGUGGUAGGUGUGUCUCUGCUUGCUACCUUGCCCGGGGCGAUGGAAGAGGCACAGCGUCAAUUGCUGCAGCGUUCGCGGGUGCGCCUGGUGGAGAAGCUGCAGGUGGAGCCUUUGUGGGACCUGCUGGUGCACCGAGAAAUCUUCACCCAGGAUAUGAUCGAGGAGAUACAGAGAGCAGGUACUCGACGGGAUCAAGCCAGGCAGUUGAUCACAGAUUUGCAGACACGAGGAAAAGCAGCCCUCCCCACCUUCAUCUGGUGCCUCCGCAAAACCGGACAGGAAGACCUGGCAAUUCUGCUGAGCGAGGGAUGCAACCGACCACAGCUGCAGCCAGUCCAUAUAGAGUCAAAUGUGGUCCACUCACAUGCUGGACAAAUUGACCCAGGUGUUGAGACAAGUGAAUAUUUACCUUCCCCAGCUCAGGAGAGAUUCCAAGAACCAAGUUGUGAAACAACUGAGGGUCCUGUAGAAAAGAGAACUUCAAGAAACGAUGACAUGGUUUAUGUCUUGAAUUCUGACCCCUGUGGUUACUGCCUUAUUAUCAACAAUGUGACCUUCUCCAAAGAAUCUGGCCUUUCCACCCGUACUGGCUCUGAUGUGGACUGCAAAAGAUUAGAAGAACGCUUCGGAAGUCUCCAUUUCCAAGUCCUGACUCGACGAAAUCUCACACGUCAGGAAAUCAUCAGGGAGUUGCAGCAACUGGCUGGCCAAGACCACAGAUCUCUCGACUGCUGCUUGGUUGUAAUCCUUUCCCAUGGCUGUCAGACCAGACACAAUCAGUUCCCUGGCGGGAUCCUCGGGACGGACGGGAAACCCAUUGCAGUGGAAAAGAUUGUCAGUUGUUUCGACGGGUCUCACUGUCCGCCCCUGAGGGGGAAACCCAAACUCUUCUUUAUUCAAGCUUGUGGAGGAGAGCAAAAAGACCGUGGGUUUGAGGUGGAAGUUGACCCAUCUGUCAAUCAACAACAUGGAAGCACACUAGAUUCUGAUGCAACCCCCUUCCAGAUAGCUGCGGGAGACUCGGAUCAGCCGGAUGCCAUAGCCAUCUUGCCCACCCCAAGUGAUAUCUUAGUUUCUUAUUCAACUUUUCCAGGGUUUGUAUCCUGGAGGGAUAAAAGUAGCGGUUCCUGGUAUGUGGAAACUCUGGAUGAUAUCCUUGGCAAGUUUGCCCGUUCUGAAGAUCUGCUUGUCAUGCUCACCAGGGUCCAAAACUCUAUUUCUGCAAAAGACAAGUAUAAGCAAAUGCCCGGCAAUUUCAACUUUCUCCGCAAAAAGUUCUUCUUCAAGGCAAGAUGACACCCCAACCUAAUGGAUUGUGUCUGGAUGAAAUAGUUGUCCCAAAAAAGACCCUUGGAAGAUGUCCUGUGCUGGAGUGCAACUCAUGUGGAAUGGAUGGGUUUGUCUUCUUACCUUACCUUUGAAGAGUGAGACUCAUUACUGUGAAAAGACUCCUCUUUUCCUUAAAAUACAAAUGAUUUCAAUGGACCUUUGGUGCAGAUGGGAGAAGUCUUGCACAGAUCCCAAAAUAAGUGCCUGUUGCUUUGAUUGUUGCCCUUUCUUUGUCCUUCCCCUUGAGGGAAUCUUUUGCCCACUCUUCUUUGUUUCACUCUCAGCUGCCAUUCCACAUAUUUGGCUUCUUGGCCCCAAUCUCCAACCGGCUUUAACCUAGAUUAAUUGUCCUGGCUGCCUUCCCCUCUAUCUUGAACCACAGAAAUUACAGGCAUACUUACUGCUCAACCUGUCGGAGACAGCUAGCACAUUCUUAGCAUCUCUGCUGAAAGCACCCUGAGAAUAAAACCAAAGCAUUACAAAUAAAAGCCUGUGACUGCA